AUGCAGCGUUUGAAGCGCACGCCGGAGCAGCCGCGCAACACUGCCCCGCUCGUGCACCAACAGGUGCAUGAUCUGCGCACCUACAGCGAUGGCCUGACGACGGUCUACACGCUCGCGUCGCCAGCACUGGGAGGCGCGGCGUCCGUCGGUGGCGGUGCAUCAAAGACGAGGGGGCGCACGCAGAGUGAGAUGGACCCAUCAGAUGGGAUGCCCUACAGCACGCAGCUGGAGACAGCCGGCAAGCAGGAUGAGCUGAUCAAGCUCAAGGGCGCCCUCAAUGAGAAGGAGAUGGAAAUUAUCGAGCUGCGGGAGCAGCACAUGCAGCUCGUGGUGAGAGCGCGGGGAGUGCGGCAGCAGCAGCCGCCGCUCAGAGGCGACCGCAGCGCCGCUGCCCGCUCCCAGGAGGCGCGCUCAAACUGGGAGGCUGCGCUGGAGUCGAAGGACAGAGCCAUUGGGCAGCUGGAGGAGGCACUCUCCGCGCGGCAGCGGACGAUCGAGCAGCUGAACAGGCAGAUCGCCGCGGGCACGCCGGCGGACGCGGCGCUCGAGGCGUCGCUGGCAGAGGCGCAGGCGCGCGCAGCCGAAUUUCAACAGGAGGCGGACGCGCUGCGGCGGGAGCGGGCCCUGGGGGAGAGCCAGUCUGACGCCCGGCUGCGAGCGGUGCAGCAAGACCUGGCAUCGGCGCAACAGCGUGCGGCGGCCCAAGAGCGCGAGCUCUCCGCGCUGCGCGCCCUGACGGGCGAGAAGGACGCGGCGCUGGCGGCGCUGCACUCGCAGCUGGCCGCCGCGAGGGACGAGCUCAUCGCCGCGCGCCAGCAGCUGCAGGACGCGGCGCGCGACCCAUGGGCGUCCAGUCCGCAGCAUCGUGCGGCAGUGCAGCAGCAGGUUGCGGAGCUGCAGGCGCGGCUGGCGGCGAAGGAGGGCAGCAGCCGCAAGUACAAGGACGCGGUCAGGGCCCUCAAGGCCAAGCUGCGGGAGCGGGACGACGCGCUUGAGGCGCGCCACGCGCAGGUGCUGGAGCUCCACACAGAGCUCAGCCAGCUGCAGCGCAUGCUGCAGCAGGGGCCGCCGGGGCUGGGGCCGGCGUCGGGGCCGGGUUCCCCCGGGAUGGGCGGCAGCCUGGGGCGACGGUACUGCCUCACGCCGCCGCGGCGGCUGAGGAGCGGCGGCGGCAGCGGCACAGGGGUCGUCUGCAGCAGCGCAGAGGACGCGAUGGCGGCGGCGGCGGACGAGCUGGAGCGGCUCAGGAUGGAGGUGCACGGCCUGCAGGUCGAGGUCAACUCUCUGCAGGCCGGCCUGCGGGAGAAGGACGGGCUGCUGCAGCGUGCGGUGGCGGACGCGGAGGCUGCAGAGGGGCGGCGCAAGGAGGCGGCGGCGAAGCUCGCGGAGGCGUCCAGGGAGCUCUAUGAGCUGCAACACAAGCUGGGCCAGGAGCGCGCCGCGGCCGAGGCCCUCAGCGCCGAGCGCGACACCGCCGCCGGCCGCGCCGGCGACAGCGAGCGGCUGGUCCAGGGGCUGGUGGGCGCGCAGGCGGAGGGGCUCAGGGCGCAGGGCGCGCUGGAGGCGCAGGCCAAGGAGCUGAGGGGGAAGCUGGACGCGGCCGAGGCGGCGCAGGAGUCCCUCACGGGCCAGCUGAGGGAGGCCCAGGGUGCGGCGGAGGACGCGGCGCGGCGCGCGGCGGCGGCGGAGCAGCGGCUUGGCGAGGUGGAGGCGCGGGCGCAGGAGGCGGCGGCGGAGGCCUCGGCGGUGCUGCGGCGGGCGGACAGGAGCGAGGGUGCGGUCAAGGAGCUGGCCUCUCAGCUGGAGGCCUCAGAGCGCCGCCUCUCGGCCGCCGAGGCGCGUGCCGCCGACGCCGAGGCCCGCCACAAAGACGCGGCCGCUGCGGCGGCCGAAGCCCAGCGCGGCGCGGCGGACGCGGCGCGGGCCGCGGCGGAGGCGGAGGCGCGGUGGCGCGAGGCGGAGCGGCGGGGGGAGGGUGCCGAGCUGCGGUGGCGGGAGCUGGAGGGGCAGUUGAAGGGCGCACAGGCCCAGGCGCUCGACUCUGAGCGGCGCUGCGUCGAGCUUGAGGCGCGGCUGGUGGCGCAGGAGCGCACGCUGCGGGAGCUGGAGGCGGCCGCAGCAGACUGGCAGGCUCGCUUCCACGAGGCCGACAGCUGCCGAGGAGACCUGGCGGAGCUGGCAAGAAGCUAUGAGGCAGCUGCCCAGCAGGCGCGAGCAGACCGCAGCGCCGAGGCGGCGCAGGCGGCGGCCGACCUGCAGCAGGCGCGCGCCGCCGCCAGCGAGGCCCGCGCGGCGCUGUCCGAAGCCGAGCGCCGCGCCUGCGAGCUGGCGGCGGCGCUGGCGUCGGAGCAGCGCGUGGCGGCGGCGCCGCGAGCAGCGGCGGCGGACGACGCCGCGGCGGCGGCGCGCGCGGGGGCGCUGGCGGCGCGGGUGGAAGGGCUGGAGGAAGCGCUGGCGGGGCGGGAGCGCGCCCUGGAGCGCGCGCGGGAUGCAGCUGCUAGGGCGGACGGGCAGCAGGGGUUGGCGGUGUCGCAAUUGAUGGCGGAGCUGCACGACAAGUCAAAUCGGCUUGCAGACGCAGAGCAGCGGUUCAGCCGGCUGGAGGGGCUCAUGCAGCGCAUCGCCCUGCGCACGGGUUGCUCUAGGCAGCACCAGCAACGGCAGCACCAGCAGCAGCAGCAGCGGCGGCGGCAGGAGGACGAUGACUACGUCGACGAGUUUGACCUCGGCCUCGCGUCCGCCACCCUGCUUGGGGGCAAGGGCACUGGCGGCGGCGGCGGCAACGGCGGGGGCCGCACGCGGCCGAGCCGCAGCGCAGGGGCGGCUGCGGCGGGCGGCGGCGGCAUUGGUGCUCGCAGGGGUGGGGGCGAGUGGCCCGACGUGUUCACCGUGCAUUUGUAA